CGGAGUGUGAUGCAGAAAUAUCUUGAGGAGAGAAAUGAAAUAACCUUUGACAAGAUUUUCAGCCAGAAAAUUGGUUUCUUGCUAUUUAAAGAUUUUUGUUUGAAUGAAAUUAAUGAAGCUGUACCUCAGGUGAAGUUUUAUGAAGAGAUAAAAGAAUAUGAAAAACUUGAGAAUGAGGAAGAUCGCCUUUGUCGAAGUCGACAAAUAUACGAUACCUAUAUCAUGAAAGAGCUGCUGUCUUGUUCUCAUCCGUUCUCAAAGAAAGCUGUAGAACACGUGCAAAGUCACCUGUCCAAGAAACAAGUGACAUCAACUCUUUUCCAGCCAUACAUAGAAGAAAUUUGUGAAAGUCUUCGAGGCAACAUUUUUCAAAAAUUUAUGGAAAGUGAUAAGUUCACUAGAUUUUGUCAGUGGAAAAACGUGGAGUUAAAUAUCCAUUUGACCAUGAAUGAUUUCAGCGUACAUAGGAUCAUUGGGCGAGGAGGAUUUGGUGAAGUCUAUGGUUGCAGGAAAGCAGACACUGGAAAAAUGUAUGCAAUGAAAUGUCUAGAUAAGAAGAGGAUCAAGAUGAAACAAGGAGAAACCUUAGCCUUAAAUGAAAGGAUUAUGUUGUCUCUUGUGAGCACAGGGGAUUGUCCUUUCAUUGUCUGUAUGACCUAUGCCUUCCAUACGCCCGAUAAACUCUGCUUCAUCCUGGAUCUGAUGAAUGGGGGCGAUUUGCACUAUCACCUCUCACAGCACGGGGUGUUUUCCGAGAAGGAGAUGCGGUUUUAUGCCACGGAGAUCAUUCUGGGACUGGAGCACAUGCACAGUCGCUUUGUCGUUUAUAGAGACCUGAAGCCUGCAAAUAUCCUCUUGGACGAACACGGACACGUUAGGAUAUCAGACCUCGGUCUGGCCUGUGAUUUUUCAAAGAAGAAGCCGCAUGCAAGUGUGGGCACCCAUGGGUACAUGGCCCCCGAGGUGCUGCAGAAGGGGACAGCCUAUGACAGCAGUGCCGACUGGUUCUCCCUGGGCUGCAUGCUGUUCAAGCUGCUGAGAGGUCACAGCCCUUUCAGACAACAUAAAACCAAAGAUAAGCAUGAGAUAGACCGAAUGACACUCACCGUGAAUGUGGAGCUCCCGGACACCUUCUCCCCUGAACUCAAGUCCCUCCUGGAAGGCUUGCUCCAGCGAGACGUCAGUAGGCGGCUGGGCUGCCAGGGAGGCGGCACACAGGAAGUGAAAGAGCACAGCUUUUUCAAAGGCAUUGACUGGCAACACGUCUACUUACAAAAGUACCCUCCGCCCUUGAUCCCCCCCCGGGGAGAAGUCAAUGCUGCCGACGCCUUUGACAUCGGCUCCUUUGAUGAAGAGGACACGAAAGGCAUCAAGCUUCUCGAUUGUGACCAAGAACUCUACAAGAACUUCCCUUUGGUAAUCUCUGAACGCUGGCAGCAGGAAGUGGCGGAAACAGUUUAUGAAGCAGUAAAUACAGACACGGAUAAAAUCGAGGCCAGGAAGAGAGCUAAAAAUAAGCAACUUGGCCACGAAGAAGAUUAUGCGCUGGGAAAGGACUGUAUUAUGCAUGGGUACAUGUUGAAACUUGGAAACCCAUUCCUGACUCAGUGGCAGCGUCGAUAUUUUUACCUCUUUCCAAACAGACUUGAAUGGAGAGGAGAAGGGGAGUCGCGCGAUUCCUGGAGUAUUUAUCCAAAAAAACACAAACUGCAAAAUUUACUGACAAUGGAACAGAUUCUGUCAGUGGAAGAAACUCAAAUUAAAGACAAAAAAUGCAUUUUGCUGAGGAUAAAAGGAGGGAAGCAAUUUGUCUUGCAAUGUGAGAGUGAUCCCGAGUUUGUGCAGUGGAAGAAAGAGUUGACAGAAACGUUCACCGAGGCCCAGCGGUUGCUGCGCCGUGCCCCGAAGUUCCUCAACAAACCGCGGCCCGCCACGGUGGAGCUCUCCAAGCCUCCGCUCUGCCACAGGAACAGCAACGGCCUCUGACGGCGGACAGGGAGGGGCCUGGGACAGGAACAGCAAUGGCCUCUGACAGCGGACAGGGAGGGGCCUCCAGGAAGUCCACACCAGGUGUUGGCAGCCCUUUUCGGGGGCCUUCUGGAGACACGUGAGGAGUAGAAACCCGACACACUUAUCUCUGGGCCCUUCCAUGCCCAGGAAGACCCGAGAUGCUCCUAACUGGAGGAGCGACACUCUCAGGCGCCAGUCGGCCUCUCCUCUCCUCCGAGUGCCUCCCAACGCCAUCACAGUUGUCCGCACUCAAACUACUGAGGAACUGAAAGCUCUUUGUCUUUGUUACACACUUAUUUUGUAUAUAUGACAUAGAACUUGAAAUGAUUCUUACUUAUCACUUCAGUUUUUACGUCUGAAUAUCAAACAUAUCUUAGACUGGCCAAGAAGUGCUUGCACUGUCUUCAGUGUUGGUGGUAGGUGGCCCUGGCAUUGCCAUAUUUUAUCUAUAAACAGCCACCUCCUGGUUUUCUGUCUUUGCUCUGUACUGCUGGGGGAUGGGAGAGCGACCGUGUUUCUUACCUGCACUUCAGAACCGGCUUCCUCUCAUCCUGGGGUGGAAAGCUUGAAGCUGCUUUCUGGAAAGGUUACCCUUGGGGCCUCGCGUGUGCUGGCCCUCCUCACAGGGCACCCUCGCCGGCAGGACUCGGGUUCUCAGGGGGCCUGGGCGUCUCUCAUAGCGGAGGCAUCACGAGCACGUCCUUGCAAAGGCCGACCUCGGUCUGAAGGAGAGGCAGUAGGGCUUUAAAUUUCAGGGUAGGAGUGAUUUUUCAAAGCUCCUCAAGUCCAACUUGUUGAAGUUAACAGCACUUUCACAUGUUUCGGUGUGUGUGCAUGCUGGAGUGAAUCUGUCUUGGGUUUCGACAACUAGCAGUUGUGGGACAUAGUGAUUCUGGUUCCUUCUGCCUGACCUCAGGAAACAUCAGUGAUAGAUGUGUGUGACAGGAGGGAGGAAUUGCACUGUUGCACAUGUGGGGAUCUUCCAAUGUAGAUUUUUUAUCAAAAAAGGAUGCUGGAGAAUGGGUGUGUCAAAAUGGGCUGGCUGUAUGCCUUGGCCUUGCCUUGCCAUUUAUCUGUUCGGCAAAUAGACUUUGCACUGGGUGACUUGUUCUCUGACAGUGAUAACCUGAGAGCAUCAAGGCUUUGUGCACAACCCCAGGGGGCCCCCUCUCCACAGCUCAUCUAUCCCGUUGCUUUCUGGGCCCUUUUUAUGCCCCAAGUAAAUGCUGGGGUUGUAAGUGUCAGUUGCGUUUCCCAGCAAAGUCGUCAUGUCGUCAGACUAAAAAUAAUAGCAGUAAUUUUCAAAGUCCACACUUUGGUCCUAUUCUUAGUGCAAUUUUGUUGUAUGUUUCUAAGUUAACUACUAACAAUGUAACUGACUUGGCAUCAUAAUUACUGCAUCCUGUCCUCGAUAUUUUUAGUGGUUCCAAAUCUUUGUUUUCACAUGUGCGUGCUAUGUGGACUCCGAAGUGAGUACUUCUUAAUGAAAUUAUAUUUUGAGAGUUUUGGAAGAUGUUGACCGACAGUCUCUUACUUCAUAGGAGUUAUUUUGGGACAGAAAUAUUGAGGGCCACCGCCCACCGCCAUCACUAUAAUAGCUGGAACUUCAGCUGGCCCGCGUGUUCUACGUCUGCUCCUCCCCGUGCAGGAGGAGGGGUGCGCGCUUUCCAUGCAUCCCCAGGUUUAGAAGGGGGAAGCAGUAUCCAAAUUGUGCCACCAGAAACAGAAGAGCAGCCAUCCUUCGCAGCGGGCAUCUCCCCUGCCACAGCCGGUUCCAGCGGCCACUGCCCCGGGCGGCCGGCACACACUGGCCUGGCCGUGAUGCUCCCCGUGGGAAGCCACCGCGGCUCGUGGCGAGAGGUCUCAGCCUUCUCCCUGGGCUGCGCGUCGUGCAUGUCCUGCAAAGCGCUGGCUCUGCCACUUCACAUCUCUUUAAAAAAUACAGUUUUUGCUCUGGAGCAGAACAGCAUGUCAAUGUCAAAAAAACACGAAUCAGAAGAUAUUCCUGAGAGCUUUUUUUGCUUCAGACUUAGUCCAGGUAAACUCUUACACUCCCCUGACCCAUAUUGGAUUUUAUUAGGGCGUGGCCAAGAAGCCGAGGUACACGGCCUUUGUUUAGGGAGCCCUGUGCGGUGAGGGGAGCAGCUUUUGAGGAGCUGUACUGGGGACUGGUUUGCGGCCUGCACCCGGACUGCAGCCCGCCUUUUGGGGUCGGUGUUUGUGCUGGCAGACGGAAGGCGCCGCUGCGGCCCUCUAGGCCCGCUGCCUGCCGGGCCCCGCAGCCCAGCCCCGCUGUGUUAGCCGACUCGGUGACCUCGAGUGACAGCGAUCCUAGAGGCUUGAGUUACAUCUGUCCGAGGUUUGGUCAUUU